AUUACAUACAACACACAUUCAUGAAUUAGGAUUAAUCAGCUUUUGAUAAAGUUACCCUAUUUGCAGUUGUUUCCCUAUCAUUAGUAAGCUUUUUAUUCUACGAAUUCACAUCAAAACCAGAACUUUAUGGGGGGGAAGGGUGUGUUGCAUUAAGGGAAUGCGCAUAUUGUUUGGUUUGGCUAUACAUAAUAUAUGUCAUCUUAAUAUGGUACGUUUCUUAUUGAAUGUAAAACUAGCAUAUUGAUUUAAUGGAAACCCUAAUCUGAUUCCAAGGUUAAGCUCUACAUAUAUGGAAUUUUGCUAAUUGGAUUUGUCAUUAGCAACAUAUUUUUAAUUAUUGAAUAUCAAAAAAAUGAACCUUGCAAUUUAUUGAGAUAUGUCAUUUUUUGGUAUUUGAUUCUAAUGUCCAUCACAUUUGUUUUAUUUAUGAGUAUAGUUGGAGCAAUAAUUUGUAUGAUGUGA